GUAGAGUGACAAAACGAAUGUGAGAGUUUUGAAGAGACAGAAAGUGGACGACAGAGCGAGGGAAAACUCCAGAGAGGAAAAAAAUGCCAAAUAAGGGAAGCUGACAGCAUCUCUCCCUCUCUCUCUCUCUCUCUCUCUCUCACACACACACAGAAUGGCGUCUAACAAAAGCUCCCUGGAAUACACAUUGUGUGAACCAGAAGACACAUUGUGUGAGGUCCGUACGUAUGAGAAGGAAGUGAUCGUCGUUCCUGUGCUGCUGUUGGGCAGUUUCGUCGUGGUCCUCGUAAUCCUGCUGCUGCUGCACUUCUGUCCAGAAAAAGUGCAAAAAGUGCUCCCAAGAAACGCACGCCGAAUGAGCCACGCCCCCUCCAGGAUCAUCAAUGGGAUCGAUGCUCCUCCGGGUCUGAAUGCUUUAGAAGGAGAGAGUAUAGCGCUAGACCUCCCGACAACUUACUCCACGUUUGCGUCAUCAGUGCGUAGUGGCAGAACCGCACGUGGUAUUGACAAUCCUGUGUUCAGUAAUGAUGUGUUGCUGAACCCACGUGAGCCCCCGCGCCAGCGCCUGCCGGAGAAGUUCAAGCUGGUGUCGUCACUGCCCAGUUUGUUUGCACUGAAGUCGGACGGCAUGGUGUCACUCUACAGAGCACGCAUGGAGAACCGCAACGUCGUGCUGCACGUGCUCAAAGACUCAGCGAGUGAGACUGAGUGUCAGCACUUCCUUGGAUUUGCGUCCUUCCUGUCUCAGUUGGGUCCUCACCCGUUCCUGCCCGACUUGAUUGGUGUCGUUACGAUCCGAGCACCACUCAUUAUGGUCAUGGAGGAACUUGAGAACCAGGACCUGCUCAGCUACCUGUGGAAGUGCAGACAGGCCGGCCCUGACUCUGGUGUGAUGACCGAGAAGCAGAUCUUCACCAUGGCCUCUCAGGUGGCCUCUGCUUUGGAGUUCCUGCACUCCAAAAACCUGAUUCACGGAAACAUCAAAGCCCGCAGCGUAUUAGUUACCCAGAUGCUAACAGCUAAGCUGUGGGGGCUCGGCGAUGUAUACACAAGAACGACCUACGGCGAAAACAACAAAAACGAUCCCGGACAGAAAAAAUGGCAGGCGCCAGAAAGACUGGUGAACAGACAGGCGAGCCAAAACAGUGACAUAUGGUCGUUCGGGCUGCUGCUGUACGAGAUGGUGACGCUCGGUGAGGUUCCGUUUGCUGAGGUUCCGGUUAAUGAGUUGCUGCAAUUUCUCCAGAGAGGAAAAUCACUGAAGAAACCACACGGCUGUUCCAACUCGCUCCACGCCGUCAUCAAAAGCUGCUGCCACUGGAAGGAGCAAGAUCGCUGCUCAUUGGCCGAGCUCAAACACAAACUCGAAACAGGACGGAAGAGUGCCAAUGACAAAACGGUUCUCCGGGCUACCCAGCCAAUCAGCGUUGAGCAUUACCUUCAGGAGGCGGGAUAUGAAGAGGCCAACAACUACACCGUUUUCUGAAAAAGUCUUGAGUUCCCAUCAGGAUUUGUAAGGACACCAAGGUGCAGCCUGGGGAACGGGGUGCGGCUGGGCAAGGGGCAGGGAUACAUGUUAAAUGUGUCGCCCCGCCCAAGGGUUAUGGUUAGGGGUCACCUCGUUCCCCAGGAUUUGGGAUAUUUUACAGCUAUAAAGGACACAUUUGACUUUCAAACUCUUGUUUACUUCCUCAAUACACUCAGAAUGACAGAACCAAUGUCUUUCACCUAAUGAACCAGGAAAGAUGGUCCAACCCGGAUUUCUACUUGUUUACUCCUUUCACAUUACAAAACGAUGGUAUGAUCCAAAUUGGACGGUACAACCCCAAUUAUCCCUUGUAAAAAAAUACACCAAGGGACAUCAUGUCUCAGUGUAUAUUAAUGGUAGUUGGACAUUAUUGUAUACAUACGUUUAAAUGAGUCAACCUUUUGUUUUUUACUCCGUAAGAUUAUUUGGCAGAUCUUUACUCUUUUGGUGCCAAUUUAACUGAAUUAAUUCCAGCUUGUUAGAUCCACAGACCUUUCCAGCUUUUCUAAAACAUGGGUCAUGUUGUCAUGUUUUGUCUUAUCUGAGGAGACGGAAUAAAAGACGACUGUUCACGUCGCA